AUGAUUUUUCCAAUUGGAUUCACGAUUGAGAGGUUUAUUGCAACUGGAAUGGCGAGCCGUUAUGAGUAUACACCCACUCGAUUAGGCCCGAUUCUUGUCACUUUAUCGGGAUAUCAAUUCUUCGUUCCAUUUAUCGUUUCAUCAAAAUGUAGUCUUAUUAUCGAUCAGUCUCUUUUCAAAUAUGGACAUUUAUCAGCACUUGUAACAAUGACAAUUCCAAUGAUGUUGCCAGUUGGAUUCACAAUUGAACGAUUUGUUGCAUUGAAAAUGGCCCACAACUAUGAAACGUCCCGACUUCUUCUGGGUCCAGUUUCGUUGAACAUUGUAAUUUUAAUUGCAAUUUAUCAUGAUGAUCCAUUUACUGACAACUUCAUUUCCUUCAUUUUGAUUCCUUCGAAUUCUGCACGCAAAUUCAAUAUGUUUUUCUGGUUUUUGAUUGUUGUAAAGUUCACUAACUUCGCCUGUAACUGUAUUCUGUUGGUUGUUCAUAACAGAAUGCACAAAAAACAUCGAAAGCACAGUUCCUCACUCUCUGCAAAAUAUGAAAUGGAAGAAAUAUCUCAAUCUUCACAAUUCACAUUAAUUGUGACCUUUACUCAUCUAUUUUUCUUUGGUUGGUAUGUGACAUCAAUACUUUUCACUCGUACUGUUGGACAAGAUUUCUUUGGUGGAUACAUCAAUUAUACAGUGAUGAGAGGAGUGUUUUGUGCAACACCAACUUAUAAUUUAGUCAUUGUAUUCAUUGGAUUCAAAGCUCUUCAACAUCUCAAUUCAAAGAGAAACAACAAAAUCUCUACAACAGUUCAGAUUAAGUCAACUGGACACGAGGGUGCGAAGAAUUAUGAUGAUGCCAUCGCGAAUUAUUGGGAUUCUGUAUAUAUUAGAAUGAAUAAAUAA